AUGCCCUGGCAUUUUAGCAUCCUUGGAGCAACGGGGAGGGUCUGGCCAGCAUCUCAAGGCUUGGAAGAUGACGAGGAGGAUGAUGACGAUGAAUUCAGCUCCUCCUGCCACUCCAUACCGACUCCGACACAAUCCAAGAGCUAUGACAGUUCAGGUGACAGUCAGGCAGAAGAUCUGGGAGAAUCCACCCCCUUUUCCCUAAAUACCCAGCACUCUUACAUGGUGAAAGACAAAGUGAAAAAUGGAAUAUAUGCUAAGACGCUGGCCAAGCACGCACUGGAGCUUGAGGAGGAAGGUCAGAAGUUUCAGGAGCUGUUUUACAAAGGCACAGAAACGCCUGGCAGCUUGUCUGAAGAUGAGGACCACGGCUGGACCUAUCAGCUUCCUGUGCAUCAAAGACCACACGUUCUCCAAACUGGUUCUUAUGACUCUUUCCAGCACAGCAUGGGCUUCCAGUGGGGCAAGCACUUGGGGAAGGAUGCCCUUGCCCCAUCUGCCCAUGCCAACAACCCUUAUCUGGGGGACCAAGAGCAUACCAGGGGAGCAGAGCCCCAAAUGCUUCAUGAGGAGGCCACCGGGGACACAGUGUUCCCUUCCCUGCAGCUGACCAAUGACGUGCUCAAGGAGGAGAACGCCAUGCUCAAGAGGAUGGUCAAGAGCAUGCAGAGCUCCUUGGAAAACCAGGCGUGUGUGAGGAGGAGGCUGGAGAAGCAGCUGAAGGACAACCUGGCCAAAGAGGAGAAAGAAGCCCAAAAGCUCCAGUCCUUUCUCCAGCAAACCAAGUGGAGUCUCCAGCUAAUGACCCAGCGGGCUCUGGAGGCAGAAAGCAACGUGGAGAAGCUGAAGCAGGACAUCUUUGUUCUCCAGGGAGAGCUGGAGAGGUCCAAGAUGGAGAAUGAAACCCUGAGAGCAAGCCAAACGACUGACCUGGGUGCGGUGAAGCACAACAUAGACUUCGCCUUGCAGAACCUCUACAAGAUAGUCAUGGGAGCAGACUGGUCCAUCAGGCAGCUCAGCUAUGGGGCACAGUCGCUGUAUUUUGUUGCUGAAGUCCUUAAAUCUACUGGGAAAUUUUCUGAAUUUGAAGCAGAACAAAAGCCAUGA